AUGAGCGAUAAAAGCAAGUCCAGUUACAACUUCAGACAGAGCCUGUCCUUCCAGGCAGACGUGCCAGACUUUCUGAAAAAGCUGCACGGCCAGGCGUCUUUGAGACCCGAGACCACCGGAAUUCUAACCAAAAACAGCAAGCCGGUCCCUCAAGCCUUGGAGGAUGACGCCGACGAUGACGGCCCGGCAUACCCAGACGCCGAGGAUGAGAAGCCACAGUACGUGCUUGAGAAGGGUAUAACGGACCUCGAAGUUGAGCGUGAGCUUGGUCAAGACAUUCUUGCGGCCCUGCGAGAGGACAAGCCGGAUCCGGGCGAGACACAGCGUACUGGUGGCUCCGCCGGUGAUCCAUCCAGGCCCGGCGGCAGGGUCUCUGAGACCAAAACAUCCAGCCUCGGGGUCAAAUCAAACAAGAUUCUGGAAAAGAAAAAGAAGAUGGAUGCAAAAAAGAAGGAUCUACUCAAGGGUGUCAAGCAGGGCUGGGAAGCUGAAUGGGACGACCAGAAACUCGAGCGACUCUAUCGGAGCGACAACCUCGGCGACACCAAGCUCAAGAAGAUGGUGCGGAGAGGAAUCCCGGACUCGCUGCGAGGUAGCCGCCUGAGCCAUGCGUACAUAGCUGCCCCUAUGCUGCAGCUUGGCCAUGUCUAUGCAAAGCUACUGAAGCUCGGCGAGCUCGAUGAGCAUGACCGGAACUUUGAGAUUGCAAAAAUGCGGGUGUACGGCGAAGGAGCCAUGACCGACAAUCCGAUCGCACCGACCUUUGGCGGCCGCUCGUUUCGGUACAAGUUGAGCCUGAACAACGCUGGACGCACUCAGAUGGAACACAUCCUUUGCAUCCUGGCCUACGACUUUCCGAAUCUAGAAUACUGUCCGUUCGUGCCGGCGCUGACGGCCAUGCUUUGUCACCACAUGAACUCUGCCGACGAUGCCCUCGGCGCCAUGGUGUGCAUAGUGCGCAAAUCGCUCGGAGAGACUCUCGUGACGGCGCGGAAAGGCGUCUCGGAUCGAUGGGAGUUUUUCCCGACAUAUCGAAAGGAGGUCAAACUCAUGUCACGGGCUUUUGGGAACAUGCUCUACAAGUGCCUGCCCAAGGUUCACGCCAAGUUAGUCGAGCUACAAGAGAGAGACGAGAGCCCCAUUUGGAGCUCGUGGCUAUCGGAUAUGCUCGCUGAUGUUCUGCCUCAACCGAUCCUGUGGCGGCUCUUGGAUGACUUCCUGGUCGAGGGCUACAAGCCGCUCUUUCGGUUCUGCGCCGCCCUGCUCAAAAUUUACCAGGGCCAGAUUAUGGAAGCGCAGACUUCUCAGCAGGUGCUGGCCUUUCUGACGCCGCACAACAUCCUCUGUUCGGCCAACGAGGUAGCCGAAGAGGCUUGGAUGGUCAAGUUUGAUCGGGCGAACAUCACCAAAAUGCUUGUCCACCACCGGAGCCUUACAGCAAUCAGCAUAUCGGACGACUUGCAUGAGAUACAGUACAAGUAUCAGCGGGCUACUCCGCGCCUCAAGGAAACGAGCAGCAUUCUGGAUGAAGACCACUGGAUUGCAGUGUGGUCGUGGAUUCCUCCAGCGCAGCGGGUUGUGGAUGUCGAGCUGCUCUUUACGACAUCACGCCAUGGCUAUCAUAUAUCCACCCUGUUUCAUAGUGCCAGUGACAUCAAGCCCACUCUCCUUGUCGUCAAGACCUCAACCGGCGAGAUCUUUGGAGCCUACAUUUCGUCAGAGUGGCCUACCUCCCACGACCAACAGGGAAGAUUUUCUGGAAACGGCGAGUCGUUUCUGUUUAUGCUGGAGCCACGAGCCAAGAUGUAUCCUUGGGUCGGUCGGGAUAUAGAGUUCAUGGACGCUAUCGAGCGAGAGAUUGUCCAGAGCCAGGCAUCCAUGUUCAUCAUGGCCACUCGCAAGGAUCUAUCCAUCGGGGCUGGCGGGCUGGCCAUGGUCGUGACAGGCUGGCCGUGGUCGUAA